AUCUCUUGUUUCUUUUUUUGAAGGGUUAUUUUUCGAGCAAAAUUGAAACCAGAGAAGACAAAGAAGGAAGAUGAGCGUGAUCGACAUUCUAUUUCGUGUGGAUGCGAUCUGCAAGAAGUAUGACAAGUACGACAUCGACAAGCAGAGGGACCUCAGGGUCUCCGGCGACGAUGCUUUCGCUCGUCUUUACUCCGUUGUCGAGGCCGACAUUGAUGCAGCUCUUCAGAAAUCGGAAAUCGCUGCCACUGAGAAGAACAGGGCCUCGGUUGUCGCCUUGAACGCUGAGAUUCGUCGGACAAAGGCACGAUUGCUCGAAGAGGUCCUCAAGUUGCAGAGAUUGGCAAAUAAGAAGGUUAGUGGACUGACUAAAGAAGAACUUGCCACCCGUCAAGAUUUGGUACUUGCGCUGCCGGAGAGAAUUCAAGCCAUACCAGAUGGGACUGCAAAUGCAGCCAAGCAAAAUGGGGGUUGGGCAUCCUCUGCUUCUCGUCAAGAGAUCAAAUUUGACUCAACAUCAGAUGGACAGUUUGAUUCUGAAUUCUUUCAACAAUCUGAAGAGUCGAGUCAAUUUAGGCAGGAAUAUGAAAUGCGGAAAAUGAGACAGGAUCAAGGUCUGGAUGUUAUAUCAGAAGGAUUGGAUACACUGAAAAAUAUGGCCCAUGACAUGAAUGAGGAAUUGGAUAAACAAGUGCCUUUGGUUGAUGAAAUCGAAACCAAGGUUGACAGGGCUAGUGCUGACCUCAAGAAUACUAACGUUAGACUUAAGGAGACGAUUACUCAGCUGAGGUCCAGUCGGAACUUCUGUAUUGAUAUCAUUCUGUUGUGUAUAAUUCUUGGAAUUGCUGCAUAUCUUUAUAACAUAUUGAAGUGAUAUAAUGCAAAUGGAUUCUGCCGCUGGUUGUUUGACUGUGGUGUUGUCUGGUAUUUCUUCCAUUGUUUGGGGGCUUGCUAUGUAUAUUUGAUUUUGUUUAGAGUUCUUCCCUAUCCGUAUUCAAGUGUCCUUGUUCAAUCUUGGAGAACCAUUCUUUAGAUUCAUUUGGGGAGACAAGUUCUUCUCUAACUCUAUUCGAGUGUCGUCGUUCAAUCUUGGAGAACCAGAACCAUCUUGUCCUUUAGAUUCA